UAUUUAUAUCACAGUUCCUAUCAUCAAAAAGGCCCAGCAGAGGAUGCACUUUCUACGCCAACUAAGGAAGUAUGGUCUGCCACAGGAGCUGUUGAUGCUGUUCUACACUGCAGACAUUGAAUCUGUCCUGUGUACAUCCAUCACCAUCUGGUUUGGACAGAAACAGACUGCAACACACAGUAGCUACGAAUAAUCAGAGACCUGCUUUUACACUACUUCUAUCUAGUGUGACUGCUGAAGAUCCUGAUCAGUUGGCAGCUUUUAAAACUUCUCAAGAUAAAACAUCAAGAGGACACCAACAAAAAGGAAAAAUCAGAAUCAGUGACUUGUCACCACUCUCUGAAUUCCUUGGGGUUACCAGCCUGUGGAAAGUAUGUCCAGUUUCAUGUAUUACCUCCUCCCAGCAGUAGGGGGGUACACCAUAGCAUCACUCUACCUGCUGAAGAAUCCACACAUCCUGCACAAGAAGAAGCAGACAGCCUUCCAUUGCACACACAUCUCACACAGAGGAGGUUCUGGCGAGAGAAUCGAAAGCACCAUGGAGGCUUUCACACAUGCAGUGGAUGUAGGCACAGAGAUGCUCGAGCUGGACUGCCACCUUACUCAAGAUGGUCACGUGAUAGUGUCACAUGAUGAGAAUCUCCUGCGGCAGACUGGGCUUGAUGCUAACAUCUCCGAUCUGAACUUAGAGGAGAUACCACUGUAUAAGGAACAACUCGAGGUUACGUUUUACACAGGUCGCUACAGCACUGGCUCUGACAGAAAGUUUGUCCUGUUAGAAGAAGUCUUCCGCAAGUUUCCCAAGAUGCCCGUGAACAUCGAGGUGAAAGAGCUCAACAUAGACCUAAUUGAAAAGAUAUCCGCUCUUGUUAAGACGUAUGACCGAGAAGACAUCACAGUAUGGGCAUCUGUGGAGACAAGUAUUAUGAAGGAAUGUCGUAAAGUGAAUUCCACGAUGCCUUACAUGUUCACAGAGACGCGUGGUAUGCAGCUGCUCCUGCUUUACUAUACUGGCCUUUUGCCCUUCAUCGCGUUGGGAGAAAGCUUCCUGCAGUACUACCUGCCUCAAAUCAUCAACAGGACUUACAUCCCAGAGCCUGGCAUUCUCAGGAACAGAUGGGCCAUCUGUCUCAUUGAAAAGUUGACUUUGAGGAAAGCUUUGUUUCAGCAUCUUAAAGACCGAGGAAUUCAGAUCCAUCUGUUUGUUUGCAAUGAAGAACGGGAUAUCGAGGCUGCUUUUGCGGCAGGAGCAACCGGAGUCAUGACUGAUUAUCCCACUCUCUUAGCAGACUACCUAAGGAGUCAUAGACAGGCCAAAAAAAUAAGUUGAAUGGGAAUCACAAUAAUACACAGCAGUGAUAAUUAUAUUAAAUAAUUACCAAUGUAUUUGUAAAAAAUGAUUAAAAUAUAUAAUGUUAGAUCUACACUAUUGAUUUUAAUUCUCUCAUUUAUAUAAUAGAUCCACUGACUUCCCUGUUUUCUAGAUUGUACAGCCAUUAUAAUUUCUGUUGGUUUUGCUACAGAUUGCAGAUUUUAUCACCUUUGUGAGAACAUCGGGGUCUGGGGAAUAUUAGAGUCCAGUGAAAUAAAACAAAUCACACAACAAAA